AUGCGGCUGGACUUCGUUGAUAAAAUGGACACCGCAAGUGAGCCCUACCAUCAUGAAGGCCCAUUUGAUUUUGCUGCUCGAGAGAGAAUUUUCCUCUCAGACCAUCCCGCUCUCCAAGCCCUCCAGGAUUCCAACGAGGAAGAUCUCAAAGCCACACCAAAUGAUAUGAUUCUCGAUAGUUUUCACAACCAUCAUCCGUUUGAUGGAGUUGCUACGUUCCCACCUAGAUCAAAAUCUGAAAACGGAGACUUGCUCUCUGAUCCUUACUACCAUCAGGAAGAGCGUGAACUGCGUCGGCUUCAGCGCAAACGAGUUCGCACUACUACGGAGGCCAUGGACGAUGAAGACCGCCCUCAACGUAAGCGUCCCUACUCAAGCCGACGGAAAAAGGCCACCCUAUAG